AUGUCCAGUGCGCCCAAUGCUCCGCCCUUGGCUGAACGGACGGACAUACACAAGUCUUGUAAAUCACUGGAAACAUUACUGAAUAUCCUGAACGACUACUGUGAAGCGGCCGGGGCAGUAGUUACCUUGCAGAAGAAACUGGCGAAGGCUCUACGCGACGCUGCGGGGGUGAAGGUCACAGGUACAAUACCAGGAAACGCGCUGAACUCAAGUGCAACCAUCUUCGAAGUCUUGUCCGAGAUUGACUCUAAAUUCGCCAAGUUUGCGGACAAGGAGUACGACAACAUCAGCUCGGAGGUGAAGAAAUGGUUCAAGAAACUCGCCAAAGAAGAGAAGGCCCACGACGACUGGAUAGCCAAUUCAAAUGCCAGGAUAAAGCAAGCAGGGAUGUUGUACGAGAAAAAGUCGAAGCGCAGUACGCGAGAUGCUGAAGACGAGCACGCACGAUAUAUCAACCUUCUCAGCACUCUCGGACCAGAGAUCUCGCAGGAGAAAUACAACCAUAUCCUCCAGGUGACCCAGCGCCACACAUUGACUACAUAUAACGUCGCGGCGUGUUUAUCUCGGAUUGCGGAUGCGGAGUGGUUGAGAGUUUGCGAGGGAAUCCGACGUAUAUCACCCACAAUAGGUCCUCUGGGUGAAUGGCGAUCGUAUUGCGAGGGCGGGUGGAAUGGGCCCACUUCCCUCGAGCUGCCCGACGUUGCGCCUCCUCAGUCUGACAACCCUGGGCCUACCAACGACGAACCGGCGCAGUCAUAUUCCAACCCUAGCCCGGAUGUGGCCCGCAUUGAAAACUCUCGCUCCCCAAAUUCUGAGCCCUCCCCCGUCUUUCUCUCCGGUAAUGAGAGAGGGCGGGAUCAGCCGCCUCUUAUUCAUGAAACGACACGAUCAGAAGCUACGGGGACCAUGAGAUCGAACUAUGCUUCUACCACAUCGUCUGUUCCUCCUUCAUCCUUUGAACCCCCGCGCCCUCUCACGGACCCAAAUACUGGUUCCGUUCGCUCACUUUCUGAUUUCCCCGCACCGCCGACACAUUUUCCUAUCCCGCCCAGAAGACCGUCACUAACUCGACCUCCCGUUGACAUGCCCCGCGCGCCGGCUACCCAAGUGCUUGAGGAUCCACCACAUACUCCCUCUCUAACACCAUCUAACGUCAGUUUCCCAACCAUGCCUCGACUAACAGAAUCCCCCCUUCCUGACGAGAGUUUGCAAGAUGGGGGUACAUUGAGUGAUGGCGCGCCUACGGCGGGUGACUCUAGGCGCAGCACUGGUUCGGUUCCCCGUGAACAACAACCAGUACAACAUCCUCCCACGCCUGCGCCUCUGACCGCCGAUGUCUCUGAGCCAUCUCCCAAACAGCCUCAUAGACAAUAUGUUGGUGAUAACAAGUUCUCUGAGCCUACACCAGCAACGCUAGAUCGAAGGCCACCAAGUCCAAGGCUUUCGAGGGACGAUGAUCGAGUUCAAGAGAGAAAACAAGAGACGAACUAUACUCCAGCCCCCGAUACAUCUCGUGUCCGGGCGCUGGAUAGAACGGAUACGGGGACCAGCAGUAUUGUAGCGACCAUGAAAAAUCGCAUUUCGAGCGGGUCUGGGAGGAGUACUUCCCCACCGCCCAAGGAUAUACCGCGUCUCCCCCUCAGCGUUGCUAACCUAGCCUCAAGAUACCAACCUACCGACAGUCCUUCUUCACCUAUUACUGCCUCGCCAUCUAUCUCGAGAAGGAUAUCGUCACCACCGCUUGACACCGUUGCCCAAGCGCGACUCGCAGAAUCAGCUUUCUCCAGCCCUCCCACUCCCAAUGUCAGAGCGCUGAGCAACUCUCCCGGGGAUAACGCGCGCAAUACCCAACGAAUGAGCGAGACCACGCAGAUGGCGCUGGCGGAGAAGGAGCGGCAGUUGCAGAUGCGUGAACGAGAAAUCGAAAUGAAGGCGAAGGAGCUGGAGCGGGAUCGCGCCAGAUUGCUGGCUGAACCCGCUUCAAAUUACUCGCGCAAUGGUCAGGGAGAGCCCAGUAGCCCUGGAAGGGGUUAUAGGGAGAGGAACAAGUCCUUUGAGACGCGUACUGACGAAGCCUCUAAUGCUCGACCUCGUUACUCGUACAGCACUACCCACCUUGUCCCUCCGUCUGGGCCGUAUUCAACAUCAUCGUCGCAUUCCCAACGAAGCUCUGGUACCUCUUCCCAGCCUCCUUCUCCGCAACACUUGCAAGGACCGUCUGACCAUGCUCCUUAUUGCGGAUGCGAUAAAUGCUCUGUUGCUAAAUACAAGAUGUCCCCGAAGAAUCCUUCGCCAGCGGAUCUCAGGCCCCCGGAGAAACCUAUACUGCUCCGUCCAGAAAAACCCAAAGGGUGGAUGCGUCGGUUAAGCAUGCCGGUGGGGAACCCCUUCUCUCUUGAUCACAAACGCAAUAAUAGCGCGACUGUUGGGAACUUUUCUCUGGAUGGGAAGAAGAAUGCGAGCUCGACGGCGUUGCGGGGGAUCCAGGAAGACGGUAGGAUGGGCCUUCGGUACGAUGCUGGGGGAGGUAUAAGUAACCGGAGUGUAACGAGUUUUACUCUUGGGCAACGCUAA